UAGUAGUGCUGUAGUAUUACUGUAGUAGUGCUGUAGUAGUGCUGUAGUAUUACUGUAGUAGUGCUGUAGUAGUGCUGUAGUAUUACUGUAGUAGUGCUGUAGUAGUGCUGUAGUAUUACUGUAGUAAUACCACAACAGAGUACUUUUGCACUCUGCCUGUUGUUAUAACCUGUAAUCAUCUUUCAUCAGUUUCUCUUCUUCACUUCAGUUGUUGCUGAUUCUUGUUUACGGGGUCAUCGUGCUCACUGUGUUGCUCUGUGUUCAUUAAGGUUAAAUUGCUGAAGCUGCCAUUUUGUUUAAUCAAGAUGAUGAUUCAGACUUUUGUGCAUUUCAAGAAUUGUAACUGUCACACACAGACAGCCAUGAAUAGAGAAGCAACACGUCAGGACAAACUGAGGUACGACGUUAUCAAACGGCAGGAGUCAGAUUUAAGCUGACAUUUGUCCCAAGAAAGGUAAAAUAAAAUGACACUUGUCUUGAAGAGAGUUUGGUGACAUUAUACCAGAAUCAUGUAGGAACAUAUUUAGUAACUGUUUGAUGGAUCAAAUGCCCUUCAUGUAAAGAAGAAGAAAACAGCUUCAGAAUCUAUUUACAGUCUCUGAAAACAGUCAACAGAUGACGUGACAGAGUUGCUGUGGGAGCUUCACUCUUAAAACAACUUUAAACAACAUUAGAGGAGCUGAUGUGACCAACAUGAGCUCUGCACGUUAUUAUUGGGAUCAUAUCAAUGAAUGUGGGCUAAAAGUGUCUUCAACCUGUGGAUUAUAUGUGCUGUCACUUUAUUACACUGAAGGUUUUAGUGAGGCUUCAGUCAGCUCAGUCGUCCACAGAGAAAAUCAGGCCUUUUUUUUCUCUUGCUGAUGUUUCUUCAAUGUUUAAUUUUCUUUUCAUAGAUCAGAACGAUCUGAGUAAGAAUCAGGCUGGUUGCUGGACGAGACAUGUUUGCACUGUGAGACGCUUCUUUAUUUGUCUCUGAAAGAUUUUCUCUUUGUUUUCAAUAAAUUUGACAUUUUGACCACCUGUUUGUUCUGACUGGAGAAACAUGAAGGUUCAUAAAACAUGUUCUUAUAAACACAUCGUGGUUCUUUAACUCCUCAUCAUCUCUCAGUCGACACAGUAAAUCAAACUGUAAGAGUCAUUCUGACUGCUGCUGUCUUAUUGGGGUAAACUGUUAUUGAUGACAUUUAAAAUCAUUAAGUCUCUGAAGUUGUCCUACCAACAGGUGGAGCAGCUGAACACCACUGUGAUGAUGUCAGUGUGAAAGUGGAGUCAAAGACUUUCUGUCAUUAAAUGUUGAUCAGCUGAUGAAUUGAUUUAAAAGCUCUUGUUCUGCUGUAGCAUCUGUACAGUAACUAGUAACUAAAUGUUUUAAAGUCCCAUGUUUUCUUCAAAGGUGUAGUGGACUAGAAGUAUCAAGUAGUACUUGAUACUGUUCUUGAGUAAAUGUACUCAGUCACACAUGGUGAUACAUGUGCUGUUCUUUUAUUUUGAAGUUCUUAACCGGAUAUAGCAGCAGGCUAACCUGACGGCUCGCCGGUGUCCAAAGGUGAAGUGAAGAGGUGAGGAGAGGAGGAGAGGAGGUGAGGAGGUGAGGAGAGGAGGCAUGAUGGAUAAAAUGAGGAGGAUCCUGGUGUACGUCUGUAAAGACGGAGCGGCUCCACAACGAGCUCAGUUCGUUCAGAGUAUAACGGGUCACUUCAGCGAUGGCGGCGGUGAUGAGGUGGAGGUGAACUGCUCUCUGGACAAGAACCAGUUCAUCCUGCGCCGAGCAGACAGAGGACGAGGGAUUCCUCUGAAGAGGCCCGCCUUCUGUCCCAUCAAACACCUGUCAGUCACAGAGGCAGCUGCGAUCCCAUUGGACGUUCAGCGGCGUGGAACAGAUGUAGGUGUGGCCAUCAUCCUGCAGACAGCCAAUCAGAGAGUGCUGCUGACACGGCGGGCGAAGGAGCUUCGGAUAUUUCCCAACGUCUGGGUUCCUCCAGGCGGCCAUGUUGAGCCAGAUGAGACGCUGCUGGAUGCAGGCCUCAGGGAGUUACAGGAGGAAACUGGACUGAAACUGGAACAAGAGGAAGUUUCUCCAAAAAUACUGGGACUCUGGGAGUCGGUGUACCCCCCCAUGCUGUCCAGAGGACUUCCUCAGAGACAUCACAUCGUCAUCUACAUGCUGCUGCUGUCCUCCCUGUCUCACCUGCAGCUCCAGGCGUCUCUGAGCCCGUCUCCUGCUGAGGUCAGUGCCUGUCUGUGGGCCGACAGCCAGCUGGUCAGAGCCAUCGUGUCCGCCGUGGAUGGAGGGGAGGGCGAGGUUCCGGUGGACGACCUGCCGAGCAGCAUCAGUGUGUCACAGGUUUCCACAGAAGGAGCUCUGAGCGACUCCACACUGCCGGUGUCGGUGUUGAUCAGUAGGGCUCCGGUCAGCGGCCCAGACGUGGAGCGGGUCAGCACCGGGACCAAGUUCGCCCUGGAGCUGUGGCUGAAGAGCCUGGAGACCUCUGACCUCUGACCUUGCCGUCCUUCAGCCAUCAGGAGGAGCAGUUCUGGUUCUGAUUAAUGACUUUGUAUCUGAAGUGACUGUAACAGCAGCUGAGGCUUCACGCCAGCAGGGGGCAGCACUGACACAAUGAACGGUGGACCUCCACACGGGCCUCAGAUGCAGUGAAGAACCACGGACCUGAUGUUCUCUCACUGAAUGUACACAUGGUGGGUUUAAUUAUCUGGUUCCAGUGUUAAUGAAAUUAAUACACGUACUUUAAUGAAUGAAUAAAUGAACAAAACCUGA